UAUGGUUCAUUCCAAAACCACGGCUGUAUCUCGUCGGUGCUGCUAUCAUUAACUGUAACCAUACUCCACAAGUAACAAGUGAACACAUGGAAAAGCGAACGAUUGAGCGAUCGGUCCGUUCUUUUUCAAUGUAGGACUCGUUUAUUCUGAGAUGUGGGGAUGCUUCUAUUAGAAGCCUCCCCUGUGACAGACCUGUUUGACCAUAUUCAGUCCGCUGGCCUUUGUGACCACUGCUGAACACCGCUAAACAUGACCCAGCCCAACGUGAGCCUAGUUACCUCCAACCUCAGCGGGGCCCGGGCAGGUAGCAGCGACCUGGGCUAUGGAGCCGGGAACUUCUACCGCCCGUUCUCUGUGUUCAGUGUGCUAACCCUCACCCUGCUGGCCAUGCUAGUGGUGGCUACCUUCGUGUGGAACCUCCUGGUCCUACUCACCAUCCUGAGGGUGCGGACCUUCCACCGUGUGCCCCACAACCUGGUGGCCUCCAUGGCCAUCUCGGAUGUGAUGGUGGCCGCCCUCGUCAUGCCCCUGAGCCUGGUGCACGAGCUGAACGGACGCCUGUGGAAGCUCGGCCGGGUGCUCUGCCAGGUGUGGAUCUCCUUCGACGUGCUCUGCUGCACGGCCAGCAUCUGGAACGUGACAGCCAUUGCCCUGGACCGCUACUGGUCCAUCACCAGACACUUGGAGUACACGCUGAAAACACGCAAGAGGAUCUCCAAUGUGAUGAUCGCGCUCACCUGGCUGCUGUCCUCGGUCAUCUCCCUGUCGCCGCUUUUCGGCUGGGGGGAGACCUACUCGGAGGAGGCCUUGGAGUGCCAGGUGAGCCAGGAGCCCUCGUACACUGUCUUCUCCACCUUCGGAGCGUUCUACCUACCGCUGUGUGUCGUGCUGUUCGUCUACUGGAAGAUCUACAAGGCGGCCAAGUUCCGCAUCGGCUCACGCAAGACCAACACCAUCACACCAGAGGCUGAGGUAAAGGAGGCAUCACGGCAGCCCCAGAUGGUGUUCACAGUGCGUCACGCCACAGUGACCUUCCAGACGGACGGUGACACAUGGCGCGAGCAGAAGGAGAAGAAGGCAGCGCUGAUGGUGGGAAUCCUGAUCGGCGUCUUCGUCCUCUGCUGGAUCCCCUUCUUCCUCGCAGAGCUCAUCAUGCCGCUGUGCCACUGUGACAUCCCCCCCAUCUGGAAGAGCAUAUUUCUGUGGCUGGGCUACUCCAACUCCUUCUUCAACCCGCUCAUCUACACCGCCUUCAACAAGAACUAUAACAACGCCCUGAGGAACCUGUUCUCCCGCCAGCGCUGACACAGGAGACGAAGGUUGAACGGAAGCAGGCUGUGCCAAAUUACUGUUAACAUCCACGGGUGGCUGUCCUGAUCACAGAACAUUGGCUACCAUUUUCUGUUUAUUUGAUGCUAAGGCUUGGGCUGAGGUUGGGGUUGAGGUUGGGUCUGGGAUUGAGAUUGAGGUUAAGGCUGAUGCUGAGGUUGAGGUUGGGACUAAGAUUGAGGCUCAGGUUGAGGCUGGUGCUGAGUUUGGGACUAAGAUUGAAGCUCUGGUUGUGACUUAUGCUAAGGUUGAGGUUGGGACUGAGAUUCAGGCUCAGGUUGUGACUGAUGCUGAGGUGAGGUUGGGACUGAGAUUCAGGUUUAGGCUAAGACUAAUGCUGAAGUUGAGGUUGGGACUGAGUUUUAGGCUCAAGUUAAAAACAAUGCUGAGGUUGAAACAGACAAGCAGACCAACACCAGGAGGCUAGCUUGCCAAAGCUAGUAAGAUCCCUGAAAAGGGCAGUUCUUUUAGCUGCUACCCUCCCGGCUCUGCCAUCAACCACUUGAAAGCAAUGUGUUCAAAGACAUUCAGAACUUACAGUGUAUGACCUUUGAGCAUCACUGAAACUUGAAGUGAGCACCAGUCAGUCUAGCCCUGCAUUGCAGUAAAAGAAGGAUGAACUUGCUUCAAUACAUGAGCAGUAAUGGAAGGAAAUGAUAUGGUCCUUCAGCAACACCCCAUAUUUUGGUAAUCGCUAACCCUGUUUAGGCAUUAUACCAUUUUACAAAUUUGGCUGAAGGAAAUCUUAAUUGCAUCUGUUUUAAUUACCCAUCACAAAAAAAGUUCUGUUGCUCAGGUACUGAAGCAAGGGGAACCAUGACAUUGGCCCUUCUUUCCCAGAACACUGACUUACAAGUGAACAAAAUAUUAUUUUCUUCAGGCCUUUAUAGAGAUGUCAGAGAAACACUUUUUAGUUUUCUAGAAAGAACAAACCGUCAUAUGAUCCAAUUUAACGGUUUGUCUUCACAUACAACAUGGACUGAAAACAAAUUUAUUGGGAUUUCAUAAUAAACCAUGGGACUCAGUUACAAGCCGUGCACUAGAACCAACCAACUGUGGACUGCAUUGUUAAAAAUUAAGUGGAUUGCUUGGCAGCACAUUACAAUCUAGAUGUAAAUAUUGAUGCACUGUAUGAAUUAAAGAAAUGUC